AUGAAGUUCUCUCACACCCUCGUUGCUUUGGCCGCUGCCGGCAUUGCCAGCGCCCAGAUUCCAAAUAUCCCACCUUGCGCCCUCAUGUGCUUCAUCGAUGCUCUCGGCAACGACGGGUGCGAGAAGUUGACCGACUUCAAGUGCCACUGCGCCAAGCCCGAACUUCCAGGAAAGAUCACGCCUUGCGUUGAAAAGGCUUGCCCCAACAUUGAAGCCCGCAUCUCCGUCUCCAACAUCGUUGUGGACCAAUGCUCCAAGGCCGGUGUCCCGAUUAGCAUCCCACCAGCGGAUACUCGCACUCCCACCCAACCUCCAAGCACCAGCCCUAGCGCUCCUCAGCCAACUGCCUGCAUUCCCAAGCGCCGCCGUGCAUGA